AUGAUUCCAAAAAAUAUAAGCAGAUAUCAAAAAUUAAUGCAAAGUAUUGCUAAAAAUUUACCAGAAAAAUCUCAAAAGAUAUUUUUACACCCAGCAGGGCCAACAACAAUAUUUUUUUGGGCACCGACCUUUAAAUGGGGUUUGGUUAUUGCCGGUAUUGGCGAUAUAAAUCGACCUGUUGACAGUAUUUCUAUGAGUCAAACCUUCAGUCUUAUGCUGACUGGAGUAAUUUGGUCAAGAUAUUCAUUAGUUAUAAUACCCAAAAAUUUUAAUUUAUUGAGCGUUAACGCUUUUGUAAGUUUAACAGCUGCAUAUAAUUUUAUACGAGGAGCUAAAUAUCAUAUGGGUCCAAAGAAUGCUUAAUUAAUAUUUU